ACCGGUUUGUUUUGCUGGGUAGACGGACAUCAGAGGGACGAACUGACGACAGGAAGGAUACGUAACGGAUCAUAAAUACACGAUUUCGACAUUUUAAAAAAUACAUAACAGACCAAGAUCUGUCCAGAGAGAAAGGGAAGGAACAAUUAGGCAGGUCUGCCUAAAAACGCGACAUUUACCUUCACAUUUAAACAUGCCUUCGGAAAAGACAUUUAAACAAAGGAGGACAUUUGAGCAGCGGGUGGAGGAUGUUCGGCUGAUCCGAGAGCAGCAUCCCAACAAGAUCCCGGUGAUCAUUGAGAGAUACAAGGGAGAGAAGCAACUGCCAAUUCUGGACAAAACAAAGUUUUUAGUUCCUGACCAUGUGAACAUGAGCGAACUUAUUAAGAUAAUCAGGAGGCGCCUCCAGCUCAACUCAAACCAGGCUUUCUUCCUGCUUGUCAACGGUCACAGCAUGGUUUCUGUGUCCACCGCCAUUUCCGAGGUCUAUGAGCGCGAGAGAGACGAAGAUGGCUUCCUGUACAUGGUCUACGCCUCCCAGGAGACAUUUGGAACUGCGUAAAACGGCACACGAUUGGCUUUCGGUCUUGGACAGUGAUACAGCUUACCCUGCGCCCUUACGACCUCUUCCCUACAUCCAACCCCACCCUUCUUCCCCAACUCCCAAUAGGACUUGAGGAACCAGCUGAACUUUCAGUCCUUUUGGCUCAAAUCCCUCAACCAAUCCUAAUUGUUACCCAAAGCGAAAUCCUAAAUUCCAUAAAAUCGUUUUAGAUCUGUAUCUUUGACUCUCAUAUUUGUGUUGUCAUAUAAUGGCAGAGGUAUUGUGUGUUUGUAGGUCAGUUUAUGGUUAGCUGGACGAUGAUCCAGUUUCUCAAUAACAUUUACCCAACAUAAACAAAAAACUUGAAAGAAACUUCUGAGUGGAGCUAUAAAAUCACCUUAGUGUUUCAGUUCUAAAUAUGACCCAACACAUUAAGAA